GUCCAGGCGCGGCAUCAGAGGCGCUUCUCAGCACGAGGACUGGUCGAAUCAAGUUACUCUCCCUUGUUGCGCGAUGCUCCUCCCUCCUCCCUCCUCCUCGCUCUCAUUCUCCCUCUCUUGCUUCCUGCUCCUCUCCGUAAUGACGAGCAGCGAGGCGUUCUCUACCCCUCUGAGCUUCAGAGGAGCUCAGUCGAUGCAGGCGCGGACGUGGGCAGCGGGGCCAAACCUCCGUCCCCUCUCUCCCCUUCACCUCGGUCGUCAGCACAAGAUCUCGGCAGCCAGCGUUGAGGUCCAUCCUGUCCAACUUGGAGAUGUUGGAGGCAGCGGGAACGGGAGGGUCGUGACGGGGUGGUGGGGACGGAGCAACGUGGGGGGCCCUGAGGAGGAGGAGGUUCGUUUCUCCUUGUCGAAAGUGAGCCGAUUUGCAAGGGCGGGAAUGCUGUCCGUCGGUGGAGAUGCAUGCUUGAUCGCCAGCGGCCACAGGAGCAGGAGCAGCAGGGCUGUCACAGACUUCUUCUUGAUCGUCAACGUGGUAGUUUUCUUGCUUCAGCUUCUCACCCAAGGGGCUCUCCUAGAAGCCGGAGCCAAGAUCACGAGCAUGAUCGUGUACGAAAGGCAGUACUAUCGGCUUCUCACUCCCAUCUUUCUCCAUGGCUCGCUCUCCCACAUCCUCGUCAACUGCUUCUCCCUCAACGCGAUAGGACCACAGGUUGAGAGAUACUUCGGCACAGAGAGGACAGUCAUCACGUAUCUCCUCGCUGGAAUCGCUGGGAAUGUCGCAUCCUUUUACUUUGGACCAAAGCUCAUUCCGAGUGUCGGAGCAUCGGGUGCAAUCUUCGGAUUAGUCGGAGCAUUGGGAGUCUUUCUUGCAAGGCAUCAGGACAUCUUUGGUGAUCGAUCGCGCUACAUGCUCAAUGGCAUCAUACAGACAUGCAUUCUCAACCUUAUUAUCGGGCUCGCUCCAGGAAGCAACAUAGACAACUGGGGGCACAUCGGCGGAGCCAUCGGAGGAGCUGUUGUUGCCUAUUUGAUUGGGCCGAACCUGAAGGUCAAGAGAAGUUUGACUGGUCAAGUUCUAGUCGACGAGCCUCUUGUGAGUCUACCAGGGUCAAGACAACUCAUGUACGGGAGGUGAAAGGAAGGGAUCGGAAAAGGCUAGAGAAAUUGAAAAUAUGGGACAAGAAAUAAAAUUAUGAAAGAGAAG